UAAAGCCAAGUAUAAGGAGCUGGACUGUUCGUGUAUAAGGCAAGGAGGCUCACCCAGACAACGCCAAGCAUAAGGAGCUGGACUGUUCGUGUAUAAGGCAAGGAGGCUCACCCAGACAACGCCAAGCAUAAGGAGCUGGACUGUUCGUGUAUAAGGCAAGGAGGCUCACCCAGACAACGCCAAGCAUAAGGAGCUGGACUGUUCGUGUAUAAGGCAAGGAGGCUCACCCAGACAACGCCAAGCAUAAGGAGCUGGACUGUUCGUGUAUAAGGCAAGGAGGCUCACCCAGACAACGCCAAGCAUAAGGAGCUGGACUGUUCGUGAAUAAGGCAAGAAGGCUCACAUCUUCAGUUCUUCAAAAUGACUUCCAGCGUUGUUGUGUUAUUUCUGAUCGGAGCAGUUGUUCUUCUGGCAGUUGGCCAGACAGAUGCGAUCGAGUGCUACGUGUGCGGGCUUAGCUUUGCCUGCAAUGACAACCCAGAUCUCGCUCACACCGAUGUCACGACCUUGACAGGUUGCCAAUCGUGCUCCAAGAUCAAGAUCAACCGCUUUGUAACCCGAGAGUGUUUAUUGACCGCCCACGCGGAAAGUUGCUCAGAAAUCGAUCUAUUAUCGACCCACACGUGCUACUGCAGCACAAACCUCUGCAAUAGCGCCAGUCACGUGACUGUAUCCAUGGCUAUCGCUCUUGUCCUCGCCUUCGUCGCUAUGCUGUUUAGAUUUUAAGGAUAUAUGGAUAUUUCAAAAUGUCUCCCAAGUUGAUCAUGUAUAUGUCUUUACAUAUACUCGUAAACAAUGUAUAUACAUGUUUGCAAGUCACAUUAUGAAUUCGUGUAUUUAAAAAUCGGAGGGAACACACAGAUGUUGCUUAAAGAUGCACUCUUAGUCCCAAAAGAGAUUUCCCACAAUUAAUAAGAUUGUUUUAAUAUUCCAAAUAGGAUGAAUAAAUGUCAAACACAGUGGUUCUUAUGAAGGAUACCGAGUUUAAUAUGAAAGAAAUGAGCAUAAAACACGUUAUUUCUACCUUAUGAGACUAUAGUAGACUACAGUAUAUCUUUUAGCAUUCACCAAUCAUUUAAUAUUUUUGCGCUUUCUGCUAUUAUAUUCACUGUUACAAUCUUGUUAUCUGUAGUCAUUAGUUUCCAUAAGUGCAUUAUUUAGUAAGUAGUUUAAUGUUUAUCAGUCAAAUUAUUUAUGUUUGUUGGACAUGUGUAUGUAUCGAUUUUAAAUAAAAGUGUAUG